CAAAGUUUCCAAUUUGCUUCUUCUCCCGUUAAUGUGCAGCUUCAAUUUGUUUCAGAACACGGAAGCGCCAUUUCUGAUAUUGUGCUCAGAAGACGAUGAACUUGCUCCAUAUCUAGUAAUUUACAAUUUUGCUCAACGUUUACAAGACCUUGGCGGUGAUGUCAAACUAGUGAAAUGGAAUUGUUCUCCCCACGCGGGUCAUUACAGCCAAUACCCAGCUGAUUAUAAGGCCGCUGUUACCGAAUUGCUCAGCAAGGCAGUAUUGAUAUAUUCUAGAAGACUUGGAAAACUUGAAGGAGACAAAACGAGAAUAGAAGGGAACCAUGUGGGGGUAUCUGAAUCAAUCUAUAAUCUUCAGAAAGCCACAACAACUUCAUGUGAAAGUUUCCGACGAGUUGCUAUUGAUCCUAGUGACUACUUCUUUCUACCAAACUCAGGAUGUUUUUGUCUGGAACCGAGACUAGUAUCGGAAUCGUAUCUGGUACUGCAGUGUACCAAAUGGUAUCGGAACCGAGGUGCAGGGUACAGGUACCGGUCCAAAAUUUGGGAACUGAGGUUAGGGAGGUACAGGUACUCGGCCUCGGCAGGAAUCGAGCCGAACCGUACCGUGUACACCCUUAGUUUGGUCCUCCCUGUCAAAAUCUUGAGCGGCUGCACAUGUCUGCCCGGUCCCUCAAUACCUUUCAUUACAUUCUCUUUUUGACUAUUAACACUUCUAUCUUUUUUUAUGCAAAGUUAAUCAGUAAUGUUGUAUAUAAUGAUUCCAGCUUAUAUUGUAUUAAAACAAAAGGAGCGUUACGUAAAUUUGAGUUAGAGGGUGGCCCACCAUUUUAUCUUUAAGGAUUAUUCGAGUAGAUUCGAGCACCUUCCCACCUCAUUUGACAAGUCCAACAAAUUAACAUGUUUAAGUUACUUACUCUUUAAGGAUUAUCACUAUUGAUACACACGUAUCCUAUGACGUGUCUUUAUGUAACAUUCUUAUUUCGGCUAUAUAUAGCCCCUUUGUAUCCCUGGACCCUCUUGGUACCGAGAAAUAAAGAAUUGAGAAAUGAAAACUGAGAACUCUCUCUUACUUAUUUCACUUGUCUAUAUGUUAUCUAUUUAGUUUUGUAAUUAAUUAAGUUAAGUUGUUGUGAGCUAAUAUGAAAUGUAAAUGAGUCGGGCGACACCGUUUCAAAACACGUUAUCAGCACGAAAUGCUCUGUGCCGACGGCCGAUUCGUUACGAUCGGAGAGAAGCUAUCUGUUGGAGACAGGAGAAGGGAUAACUAUGCCAAACAGACAACAUAUGAUUUUGAUCACAACAAGACGUCAGUUUUCCACAAAUUGAUAAGUUCUAAAACUACGAUAAAAGGCUUGGCAGCCUUGGCUUAUCCAAGGUUGGCCAAUGGAGGUAAUGUUUGGCAAGUGUAUGGAAACGUAUAACAAGGUGAGUACAUAAAUGAGAAUAAAUAUCUCAAUAUUAACUCGCACAUACUUUGCGUUUUAAUUUCUUACUCUUUACAAUUUUAUUUUGGUACUAAUUGUUUAAUACGGGUGAAAGGAAAAUUAUUGCAUCUCUGAAGAACGGUGUAGAUUUAAUUUUUCUUGCUCUAAUAAUCUCUAGAAAUUUUAAAAUAAUUCCACCAGAAGUUGGAAUAUGUGCAGCAUAAUAUGGAUGCAAAAGUGCGUUCCGCUAGCUGGCUGGUCCCAGAAGUGACCCGUUACAAAUUUCUAGCCGGUUUUUAUCAUCGGUCCCUGAAGCGACCUGUGACUGAUAUCGAGGCAAUUUCAUGCAGUUUCAACAACGGGAGAAAAUUCGCGAAAACCAUCAUCACUUUAAAACUCCAAGAGUUGUAUUCUUUUUCAGUUUUUAUCCUAGUCGGAUUUUUCUGACAAGGUUUUAACGAGGAAACGGAUUUGCUCGGGUUUUGUCCCAUCGGAUUUUACCGGCAAAGCUUUAACAAGACAGUGUUUUUUAAAUGGUGGUCCAAGUGGGAGUGUUACGUAAAUUUGAGUUACAGGGUGGCCCACCAUUUUAUCUUUAAGGAUUACUCGAGUAGAUUCGAGCACCUUCCCACCUCAUUUGACAAGUCCAACGGAUUAACAUGUUUAAGUUACUUACUCUUUAAGGAUUAUCAAUAUUGAUACACACGUAUCCUAUGACGUGUCUUUAUGUAACAUUCUUAUUUAGGCUAUAUAUAGUCCCUUUGUAUCCCUGCACCCUCUUGGUACCGAGAAAUAGAGACUUGAGAAAUGAAAACUGAGAACUCUCCCUUACUUAUUUCA